UCUCUCUCUCUCCUGCAGAAGGCGCUGACGGGAUGGGGGCGGAGGUGGAGCCAGAGUAUGUGUUCGGGGUGCGGGGGGAGGUGGCGGGCUGCGUGGUGCACGUGGACCCCCAGACGGUGGCUUAUCCGGCGGGGGCGCUGCUGGUGCUACACAACACGGCCACACAUAGGCAGGAGUUCAUCAGCCUGGCGGAGGAGGCGAGACCAACAGUGCUUGCUAUCUCGCCCAAGAGACAGUACCUAUGCGUGUGCCGGGCUGGGGAGGCGGCGGCGGUCAGCGUGUGGGACGUGGCUGGCCGCAAGCGCCUACGGUUCCUGAGCUGCGGGGAGAUGGGCAGCGAGGGGUACGUGGCGGCCGCCUUCAGCCCAGACGAGCAAAUGGUGGCAGCGCAGGGAGGGGCCCCGGACUGGACGCUCGUGCUAUUCCUGUGGGAGAAGGGAAAGGUGUUCUCUGUCCUACGUCUAAGCGAUACUCCCGGCCUGGGUCCCGUGUCUUCCCUCUGCUACCACCCUGAGGACUGCGGUGUGCUGUCCGUGGUGGGCGAGCGAGUCCUCAAGCUCUUUAGACUCAACGACAAGCUGCUGAAGACGUGGGGUUACCAGGGAGGACUUAACCACAAUUGUCAAUGUCAGAUAUGGAAGGACCAACACACGCUGCUGGUGGGGACUGAGGUGGCCACUGUGCUGCUGCUGGAGGAGGGAGAACUGCGAACAGAGAUAAGGCAUCACACACCCUGACUUACAGAACGGCGACAAGCGUGGUCCCAGCGGCGGCGUGGCGGAGGGCAGCGGGGGGCGUCCUCUGGGGCCGCGCCACCGCCGCGUGUCAGCCCUGGCGGUGUUCAGCGGCGGCUUCCUGUGCGCGUGUGGCCCGGACAAGGUGUUCGUGUUCCAGAAGAGCGAGGACAUCAACGAGCACUUCUUCCAGCGUUACGUCCUGCGCCUGUGUGAGCCGAGUCCCGCCGCACUGGUGACGGGCCGCGGGGUACACACCAUCACUACGCUAUCCCUGUGUCCCUCAGAGAAGACCCUGGUGGCCGCAACACACACUAACCAGCUCUUCGUUAACCCCCUGCCCAGCCUCGAGCCGUCCACCCUCCCCAGCCUGCUCUUCUCGCCGGCUACUGGCACGCCUACACGAAAGGGCCCCUGGUGGACGCCGACACGUGCCUGUGGAAGCCCCUGGUGGUGUGACGGCGGACCAGGACAGGACGCUCAGAGUGUUGGGACUAUCGUCGCCACUCGCUUCUCCUGUGUCACGUCUUCAGGCAGGAUGUCUUCUCCCUCUCGGUGCAUCCUACGGGUUAGUGUGUGGGUGGGGGGGGCGGUGUUGGGGUUGUGUGAUAGGGUUGGGGUGUGGAAUG